UUUCAGUGAAUGAUACUGAUAAAUGUCGCCAAAUAUUCGAGCCUACAAUUGUUUAGUACUUCUUAUAAUUCUGUGAACUGAAAAGCUCAUUUCAUUUCUGGUACUGCGCUCAGGGAAAAAUGUCACUGUUACCAAUGAAAAGUCUAUCCGGUUCACUACCUGUAUUAUUUAUUGAGGCACGUCUUCAGGGACCACCUGAAAUUGUAUUCUCUCAAAUGGGUAUUUCUUUUGAUACCGACAAAUGUAAUAUCGCUCUUCUCAUGCGCACAAGCGGUGUAUUGCUGGUUGCUUCGGUUGGUUCUUAUAUGAUGUAUCGAGUUUGUGCGCGAUUAUUGGGAAGGAAUUUCAUUUGGACAAUUUUGGAACAAGCACGUUUUGACUUACUUGCACGUGAUGAAACGUAUUUGCUGAAUCCAAGAAUGUCAUACCUAACCAGUAAUGAAUAUGAUAGCUGUUGCUCAGGAGAGUUGACGAGUGAUGAACAGAGCAUUUGCGACAGUCAUAUCUUUACAACAGUACUAUCUUCGGGUCACUUGCGACAAGCAGAUGGCUCAGCUGAAAAUUCGAGAAAGCGAUCAGAUAUGACUUCAGAGAAUCAGAAUCAUUCGGCGAGCAUGACCUCACGAAGUUCUCAUAAUGCGGGAUUUACUUCAAGUGAAAAGUCUGCCUCGUUACAUCUACUUUGGGAUGACCCUCAAUGGGAUGAGGAGACCGAUUUCUGUCUUAAUGAUGAUGUACGUCGUGAUUAUUAUUCAGUAUCAUCUGAUGUUUCGGAUAUGACCGAAUUUCGAGCUGCCAAAAGACUAUUUGAAGAACCGGAUGAUCAUUGCAAUGUAAAUAAAGAGGACCAAAGGAGUCAUGAAAAUGCAAUUGGUUAUAUGCAGUUAGAUUUACCAAAUCGAGAAGAAAGAAAUACUGAUUUGGACGGUAAUGAUUUCAUCCAGAAAAACUCUAUGGUCGAUUAUAAGCAUCUUUAUCAAAUUACUACUGGAUUUACGACUCGAACCAACAGUAUAUCACUAUCGAGCGAACGUAGUUCUCAGUCAUUUCCGUCUUUGAGACAACGACUAAUUGCUAAUGCAUCAUCGGGUGGACUGCUUGAAUUGGUGCAGUCAUCCAUUACCUCACCGAUAUCAUCAGUAGAUCAUGUGAUAACGUCGAUGACUGAUAGUGGUAUCAGCAGAGGAACCAUUUCAACGCUGGAUUUGCAGUCAUCCAUUAGAUCAGCUGGUGCAAAAGGUACUUUUGGAAUAGAGAUAUUGUCGAACGAAGUUGAUGCUCUCGAUAUGAUGGUGCCGUGUACAUUGACGACAAACAGAAAUUCUGUUAUUGGGAGGAAUAAUUUAAAUCUGAUUAGUGAGGACCGUUGCUCAACGGCGACAUCCGCCCGAAGUAUGGAAUGGUUCGAGGAUGAUUACUGUUCGUUUGUCACAAAUGAAAAUUUGAGGAAAUCACUAGAAACAGAUAUGGAUAAUCCAUUAGCUGCAUGCUUCAGUCGUUCUGGAUCUGAUCAGAUACGUCCGAGCAGCUGGGAAAGUAGACGAAAACAUCUACACAAUUUCACACGAGAUCUAAUGGCUUGGGCAAGAGAUCAACUUGCCCCUAAAUCUCCUCAGAUGAAGGCUCUUCAAUCAUUAUAUGUAUCAGAUCAACGUUGGCGAAGAAUAGGGUUAAAGCGAAGUUCGAAUUGUUUGGAACAAUUCCUCAGUUCUCUAUUACAUUUAAUGUUCAUACGUGGAAUACCAUUUCUUAGCUGCUCGAAUGCGUUGAUCGCUGCAGAGGCUGUCCGACGAGUCUUUUCACGCUAUGAGUUUGUACGGCAAUGGAGUUUCACCGAUGGAUCCACGAAGGUCGAAAAUAAAGAAGAGUACGCGAUCAGCCUUUUGCAAAAUCUAUGGGAUUUGCAGCAUGGUGUCGUAUAUUUAAAAGACGAAAGAGUUGAACGUCAUUGUAUGGAAGCGGUUCGAUUGUUAGUAUUACUUUGGAUUGUACACUGUUUCGAGAAAAUGGAAGCAGGACAAUGGCAGCAGCAUUGUCCAAGCUUUUAUACUGAACUUUUCGGCGAUAGCAAUCCACGACAAAUUAUCCAAAGCUUGUACAAAGCACAACUAAACGAUGUCCAAAUGACGCUUCUCGCGGAUACGCUGAGGAUACGACUCGAACUGUUAGAUUAUAGCUAUGGUGAUCUGGAUGCCGAACAACCUAAAAUACUGCGAAGUUUGGUGCCGCAAGAUACAGGAAGAGAAAUCACCUCUGAGCCUAUCCUUACAUUUCUAAAAUUAAACCGUCAUAAUUUCCUGUAUCCGUUGUAUCAUAGUUGGAAAUAA